CAGAUCUACAUGCACCUGCGUUUCUACAGCUCACCCAGGGAGCAGCGCCACAUCGUCAGGAUUCUCUUCAUUGUUCCGAUCUACGCCUUUGACUCUUGGCUCAGCCUCCUCUUCUUCACCAACGACCAGUACUACGUGUACUUUGACACGGUCAGGGACUGCUACGAGGCAUUUGUGAUUUAUAACUUCCUGAGUCUUUGCUAUGAAUACCUCGGAGGAGAGAGCGCCAUCAUGGCUGAGAUCAGAGGAAAACCCAUCGAGUCAAGCUGUAUGUACGGCACCUGCUGUCUGAGGGGAAAGGCGUACUCCAUUGGCUUCUUGCGGUUCUGUAAACAAGCCACACUGCAGUUCUGUGUGGUCAAACCACUCAUGGCUAUCAUCACUGUGAUCCUGCAGGCCUACGGCAAAUACAAGGACGGAGACUUCAACGUUGCCGGCGGUUACCUGUACGUCACCAUCGUCUACAACAUCUCCGUCAGCUUGUCUCUCUACGCGCUCUUCCUCUUUUACUUCUCCACCAGGGAGCUACUCCGCCCUUUCAGCCCCAUGCUCAAGUUCUUGAUGGUCAAAUCAGUCAUCUUCCUCUCUUUCUGGCAGGGCAUGUUGCUCGCCAUCCUGGAGAAGUGCGGGGCCAUCCCUCAGAUUAACUCCGUGGAGGUGUCUGUUGGCGAGGGUACGGUCGCUGCUGGUUACCAGAACUUCAUCAUUUGCAUCGAGAUGUUUUUUGCUGCGUUGGCUCUGCGCCACGCUUUCACAUACAGAGUCUACAUGGAUAAGAGUAUGGAUUUACAAGGACGCUGCGCCCCCAUGAAGAGCAUAUCCAGCAGCCUGAAAGAAACCAUGAGCCCUGGCGACAUGGUCCAGGACGCCAUCCACAACUUCUCUCCAGCCUACCAGCAGUACACCCAGCAGUCCACGCUGGAGCAGGGGGCGCCGCCGCCCCGUCUCCCGCACGCACGGCACUGUCGGAAGCCACGGCGACUCGGAGAAGACUUUCCUACUAAGCUCUGAUGACGAAUUCUAGAGCAACAACUAAUAAGACUGUUGUAGCGCCAGAUGGUACUUCAUCCUCCUGUGCAGCCAGUCCUCUUCAGUGAUUGGAGAGUUUGUUUUUUCUUUUCUUUGAGACUGAGGAUGUGGACCUUCCUGCAGAGACAUUUCUGCACCCAUACUCCUGAAGCAUCUUAGUCGGUGCUCACUCUUCAGGGUGGUUUUUAUGUUGUUUUUAUGCCAGAAGAUAAAGUGUUGUGUCCGUUUUUGGCACGAGUAUGUGUGAGUGAGCCGCACUCAGGCAGACUGAAUCAUACUCGACUUUUGGCCUGGAAAGAUGCUUAAUUUCACAUUUCAGUUCCAUCUCAUUUCUUUUGCUCUAAUGUGUCUUUCUCAGUGGCAAUAUGUUGUCCUCAUGGACGUUUGAAGUUAGUUUGAAAUGUAAAGGCUCUUUGGUUACCAGAUGUUUCCUGGUUGUGUUUAACAAAAAUGUUCCUGGUCAUGAAAACACUUCAAAAAGUAACACUUGAAUUUUCCUAAGAUCCUUAAAGUUUGAUUUAAUUGUUGCACUUUGUAUAGAGAUUUUAAACCAAGAUAUGAAUUUACAAUAUCCAUGAAUGUGCUGAAAACAGAAGACGUCGUUACUUCAGUAGGAGGCAUUGCAGGAAAACAGAUAGUAGUGAAAUAUAAAGUUAUAAAACAGAUGUUUAUCUGAUGUAAAAGGACAUCCUCACUGCAGGCUGGGGAUGGAUUUAAAGGGAAUCUCAUUUUAAAAAAAAACAUGGGUGAAUGUCAUCCCCGUGGAUCAAUGUUAUUGAUAUUAAUGGAGCAGACGAGAAGCAAAUAGAGCCGAUUAUAGAUCAUAAAGCACAUGUGCUGCAGCAGACUGGGCUGAGUCUGUUGGGAUUAAUCUGGAGUAAUUGGGGCAUUAUUUCAAUGGCUGGGUUUAAAGCUCGAGCUGGCCUGCUCUGGUGGUAGACUUCUGCAGACCAUGAUGUAGCUUAACUGGAUUGAGGGAAAACAGAAGACAAAUAUAGGUUAAGCUAACUUUAGCUGCCUUUUCUCAGUAGAGGAGAGUUAAACCUUUCCAAUGUUAGAAUACCCGCAUGAUCAAAAAGUCAGACUGAGAUUUACAUUGUAUGUGUGUUUAAGUAAACCUAAUGUUCAUAAUGAAUACAUAAGGACGAUAAAGUCCAUUAAAACAUGCUGAGGUUCUGCAUUUGACCAGACACACCCCCCGGUUAUGUUUUCUUUUUUUUCAGGUUCCAGUGGGGCUCUAGUAAAUGUUUCACAUUGAAGGACCUAAAUCUAAACUCUAAAUAUGCUCUUUACAUAUUAACCCGUUCUGCUUUGAGCUAUGGUAUAAAGCUAAAUAUCAUUCACAAACUUUAUGUUAGCAGAAUAAUAUGGGACAUCAUACUCUGCGUGGUGUAAAGAGAAGUUAAAUCUCCUCUCAGCUAAAAAUAACCUGUGCAGUGUGAACGUGCAGCUCUGUCCCUCCUGGAAGUCUUUUUCUCUGGAAUCAUCGUCACCGCAGACAGAGCAGCUUUUUUCUUUUCUUUUUUCAUACACAUAAUUGAAGUUCUUGAGUCAUCUGAAUGAGUCAUAGUGAGACUGCCAACGUGUUUACUGUAACUACUUUCACUGCUCUGCUGUAGCUCUGUGUAAACACGAGGGGGCGCAAGCAGGCAGACUGCUCAAAGCACACUGUCAGCCUGCUGCACAUGUGACAUGCUUGUCCAAGCAGCAGUCUGCCACUUUGUUGUCUUCUUAUUGCUCGGCGUGUUUUGAACUGGUAAAUACAAGCCUAGCCUCAGACA